AUGGGGUCGGGCAGCCCUCAUCACCUUCUCUGCACCCUCUGCAUCCUCUCGGCGCUGGCCGGGCGCCUGCCCCCUGCCACGGCCCAGUGGUUUAACCUGGGCAUGGAGGACACCACACCAGACCCAGGCACCAGCCCCACGGCCCCCGGGGUGCCCACCCUGGACUACGAGGAAGAUGGAGAUACUGGUGGCAUGGAGGCCCCCAGGAAAGUGCUGCUGAGCAAACCCCCACUGGCAGCAGCCCCCAGACGCCGGGAGCCCCUCACCAGGGUGGCAGCGAAGGGCCCAGGCCCUGCCCCAUCACGCACACGAGUCCAGCCACACCGACCCACGGCUGCCCCGAGGAUCUUCGAGGGGAGUGCGGAUGAAGAGGAGUUCCUGCAGAUCAAGACGACAGAGAAGGGGCUGCCCCAACACGUGCCCCCAGAGACAGACCCGGCGCUUCAGAUGUACAACGGCUCCAGCUGCGUCUGCCCCGUGCGCCCUGGACCCCCCGGCCCUCCCGGCCCUAAGGGAGAGAAAGGUGACCAAGGGUCCCCAGGAGAGAAAGGCCAGCCCGGAUUCUCUGGAGAGAGAGGGAAGACUGGCAACCCAGGACAGCCAGGACACCAAGGUCCCCGGGGUCCCCCAGGUCCUCCAGGACCACCAGGGCCCCCAGGACCACCUGGCACCUUGGGAGCCAGGAGCCCACACAUGCCUGCUUCCCUCCCCAGGGGACUGGAGAAUGAGUUGGGAGCAUCCAGCCCUGCAGGGAACCAAGGACCCCCAGGGCCCCCUGGCCUGCCUGGACCCCCUGGACCCCCUGGAUACCCAGGCCAUGAAGGGCCUUCGGGGGUCCCUGGGCGGGAGGGGCAGCCAGGACCCCCUGGCCCACCGGGGGCUGUGGGACCACCUGGUUUCCCUGGGGCUGAAGGCCCUCCAGGGUCUCCAGGGCUCCCAGGCCCACCAGGACCCCCUGGGGUGCCCGGCCAUGAAGGACCCCCUGGUCCUGCAGGACCUGUGUCACUCCCUGGCAAACCAGGUCUCCAAGGGGAGCCAGGUUUCCCUGGACUAAAGGGUGAGAAGGGUGAACAUGGACUGCCAGGCAUGCCAGGGAGCCCUGGCCGUGCUGGAGAGAUGGGAUCCCCUGGCAUGCCCGGUCCCAUGGGACCACCAGGGCCACCAGGGGACUACAGGUGUGACUCGCGCCACGCAGGGCACCGCGGAUCGGCCGGGCCACCGGGCCCCAAGGGGUGCUGCUACGGGGAACACGGAUGCAAACCAGGCCACCUCCCUUUCCCUGGCACCAGCAGCCAGUCUGGCUCCUGGGUGCCCAUCAGUGGGUACCAAACAGAUGGCAAAGAGGAGCCUGACAUUUAUGGAGCAAUCAUCCCCCAUGGUCUCCAAGGUCCCCCUGGGAAGCCCGGCCCCCCUGGGCCCCCUGGCCCCCCCGGAGCACCAGGUUUCCUCUACUUCAAUAGGGUUCACCCGCUCCGUGCCCAGCCCUGCAAGCAGCCGGCAGCCUCUGAGGCAGGAUGGGCAGCAGAUGCGGACAUCCCUCGGAUGGAGCCGCCAGACUCCCACACGGAUCCUCAGCGCCAGACCUGGAUGUUCAGGUCCAAGGAGAUGAUGCUGAAGUCGGGCAGCUCAGUGCCUGAGGGGAGCCUGGUCUACGUGCGGGAGGGGAGCAGCGCCUUCCUCCGGACCCCCACCGGCUGGAGCCGCCUCCUGCUGGAGGAUUCCGAGUCGCUCUUCGCUGGUGACGACCCCUCUGCCUCCACCUCACGGUACCAGGAGGUGAAGCAGGUGCAGACCAGAGGUCCCAUCACCAGAACACCCGCACUGGCCCCGAUGGACUCACUGGUCCAGAAGGAGAAGGGACAAGGGCUGCCCCAGAUCCUGCCAACCACCAUUGCCCCACGGAUCCCAUCUCUCCGCCUGGUAGCCCUGAACGUGCCCCUCACCGGUGACAUGAGCGGGAUCCGGGGUGCCGACCUGCAGUGCUACCGGCAGUCCCAAGAGGCCCAGCUCUAUGGCACUUUCCGGGCAUUCCUGUCAGCCUCCACCCAGGACCUGGUCUCCAUCGUCAAGAGGACAGACAGAACCCUCCCCAUCGUCAACCUGAAGGCAGCCCACUGA